UGUAUCACAUCCCUUCUUCUUUUGAGCAAUUCAAAGAGUGUUGCUUGCCUUCGUAAACACCCGAAUCCCACCUUUUUUUUUUCUUUGUUCAUAUUCAAAGAGUGUUUCUUUAACCUCUAUUCGUCGUCUUCUAUCAUGAUUCAAUCAUUAAUUUCUUCUAAGAGCCCCCAGAUAACGACGACUACAAGGAACCCAAGAGUUCAUAAUCGCUCUCAAAGGUUAUCUAAUUUAGAUUUUAUACCAACAACAAUCCUAUGUUCCUCUCAAACCCAAAAUCCAAACAGUGUCAACAAGUUUACAAGACCCAGAAACAAUAUUCUGGGGCAUGUAAUGGUGACGCCAGUACAGGUGGAAAGAAAAGGCAGGGAUAUUGAGGAGGAAAGGGAUUUUUCUCAAUUGGGUGCAAGACAGUUGCCGAUUUUGUGUGGGUUGGGGUUUUGGGUAUAGGGUUUUAGGUGCUUUCCAUGGUUAGCACUCAACUUCCACAUGGCACAUGGUCUCAACGUACACCCUUCAACAUUGCAGCUUGUACAGUACUCUGGUAACCUUCCCAUGGUGGCCAAGCCUCUCUAUGGGAUCCUCUCUGACGCUCUUUACAUUUUUGGUGCUCACAGAAUACCUUAUAUUUCCAUUGGAGUUCUUUUGCAGGUCUUGUCUUGGGGUUCAUUGGCAUUAGCUCCUGUUGUAGGUCAAGCCCUUCCAAACCUCCUGGUGUGUGUGCUUCUAAGCAAUCUGGGAGCAUCCAUUACAGAAGUUGCUAAGGAUGCUCUUGUGGCAGAGUAUGGCCAGAAAUACAAAAUGGGAGGCCUCCAGUCUUAUGCAUAUAUGGCCUCAGCUGUGGGUGGUGUCUUAGGCAACUUACUAGGUGGAUAUUUUUUGCUCAAAGCACCACAAAGAACAAUGUUUCUCGUAUUUGCAGUGCUCUUAUCUAUUCAAUUCACGUUUUCAUCGACAACAAGAGAGGAUUUUCUUGGAUUAUCACUGCGACCAAACCAAGCAAGGAAAUCAAUUUGGGAAAGUAUCAGAAAACAGCUAUCUGAUCUUAAAAUGGCAAUAAAAGAGGACAGCAUCUCAUGCCCUCUUGCUUGGGUUGUAGCUUCUAGUGCCAUGGUCCCGAUUCUCUCAGGUUCUAUCUUCUGCUAUCAAACUCAGUGUCUACAUCUCGAUCCUUCUGUUAUAGGGAUGUCACGAGUGCUUGCUCAGUUGAUGCUUCUUUCCUUGACUGUACUUUAUGACCGAUGCUGGAAAGAUGUUCCAUUGAGGAAGUUGGUUGGUGCAGUGCAGAUAUUAUAUGGUUGUUGCCUUCUUCUUGACCUUGUUCUAGUGAGACAGAUCAAUCUUUUGCUAGGAAUUCCAAAUGAGGUGUUCGCCCUUUGCUUUUCUGGUUUUGCAGAGGAUCUUGCACAAUUCAAGCUUCUUCCUCUUUUGGUGCUAGUGGUGAAUUUAUGCCCCCGAGGUUGUGAAAGAUCUCUCACUUCGUUCUUAGCAUCAGCAUUGUGUUUGUCAUCCAUUCUCCGUGGUUUUCUGGGCGUGGAGUUGGCUUCUUUGAUUGGAAUAACGUCUAGUGAUUACUCAAGCUUGCCAGCGGGUAUUUUGAUACAGUUCCUUGCAGCGUUAGUGCCUCUAGGAUGGCUACAUUAUGUACCCAUGUGCCAAACAAUUAUUGAGAAGGAAAAGAGAAGUUCGAGUAGAAGAACCCGGAGAAACAAACGGAUUGGAAGAACGGUGCUAGGUUCAAUAUCUGUUUAUCGACGCGAAAGGGAAUCCAAGACACAGAGUUGACAGAAUCAGUUGGUCCUACUAGGGCUUUUGAGAACAAGGAGAAAACAACCAUAGGACUUUUGAAGUCUCAGUUUUUGGUGUCUAUGCUCCUGAAUUCGUCAACGAGGCUUCUCAUUAUUAGUUUUGCCGGAGCCACAAUUCAGACUGGGAAUGCUCUUGAAAACCUGCAUUGGAUGAUCUGUUGGAACAUAAGCAUGCAUAUGAUUAACUCUAACAGUAGUAGUAACAGAUUGCAUGCAUAAACAGUAACAUAUAUUGAUCAACACCAACAGCAGCAUAGUAACAUACGAGUACAAGAAUAAUUUGUUGAAUUAAAAUAUCAAACCAACUGUUGAAGCAACUGGACAGGAGAUGAGGGAGCGAGGUACACCUUAGCGAAUCUCCUUAAAGAGAAUUUGCCCCAACCAACGGGUGUAUUUGCUUUCUGGACAAUCCCUUCCCAAGAUACAACGCUCCACACCAUGAG